GAAUCGAUCACUCUCUACUCGCUCGAAGAAGAGCACGAGCACUAGUACCGACAAGCCAACGAAGCACCGCUUCACCAUGGCGUCUCUACGAGGCACGCAGCAGCCAGAGCUAUCGAAGAAGCUUUACAAGAUCAUCAAGUCUGAGAACCACGCCAUCGGCGCCUACGAGGCUGCAGCGCGCGAACGAGUUGGAAUUGCGCAGCAACUCUCAGAAUGGGGUGAAGCGACAGGGGACGAGACGAUUUCGGAGAUCUCAGACAAGAUGGGCGUCUUGCUAGCAGAGAUUGCAGAACAGGAGGAUCUCUAUGCGAAAGCAUUGGAGGAAUACAGAGGCGUCUUGAAGCAAAUCCGGAACACGGAGAGCUCUGUACAGCCCAGUCGUGAUCACAAGGUCAAGAUCUCAGAUGAGAUUGCAAAACUGAAGUACAAGGAACCCCAGAAUACUAAGAUCGUCCAGCUUGAGCAAGAGCUAGUUCGUGCGGAGGCACAGAGCUUGGUCGCAGAGGCACAACUCAGCAACAUUACUCGCCAGAAGUUCAAGGAGGCCUAUGAUCACCACCUCGCAGCCACGAUUGAACGUGCCGAGAAGCAAAUAAUCCUAGCCAAACACGCCCGUCGUCUUCUGAACCUCGUCGACGAUACUCCGAUAGUGCCAGGCGACGUGCACCCAGCGUUCCAGGAAGUUGAGGCUGCCCGUCAAGUUAUCACCGACGCUGAGGCAGAUCUUCGUGAGUACGAGCUCAACGUUGAUCCUAUCAAUUCGAAUGCGGGGAACCUUGGUGUGGGUGCUAUGCCCAGCAACGUAGUGCGCCAGACUGAGUCCACGGCCUAUGAACCCAGCAACGUAGUAAGCCAGACUGAGUCCGCGGCCUAUGAACCCACUCCGUAUACGGAUGUGACAUCUCCCAGCACCAACACUAUCGAUGAGCACCGCCAUGUAUCUUCCGGCUCCUAUGGUACUUAUGGCGAGGCUCAGUCUUCGCACCCCGUGUCUGAUGCACAACGUGUGGAGACAUUGGAGAGACAACAGGCGGUCGAGAUGCAACAGACACCUCAUGUCGCUUGAGUAUGGUUUGAUGCUGAUUGUCGAAGCCGGCUAUGUCUGGAAAGUGAUACAGUUUAGUACUUGGCGCGGAUACUCGCGUUCAUGACUUGAUGCUUUGGUGGAGUAAUGCUUGUGGACAGUGCGAAUUGAUAUCCUGCGAGGUUCAUGUUUGUUGUUGGCGUGUCUUAGUACCAAUAUGAAUAUAAUCUAGCGACACCUCA